AUGGCACCGACGCCUUUUUCCGUCGACAUUUGCGAUCCGACGCCGCCCAAGGAGCUCCCGGUGCAUAUUUCUCUCCAAGUUUAUGCCCCAAAUGUCCUCACACGCAGUCUCUGGUGGCCAUCACGUCGGUCAGGCCCGCCCACCGCCGUCCUCUUGUUCAUUUGUGGAAAUCCAGGUAUUCCCACGUGGUACAUUGAAUUCAUAGACGCCAUCCGGCAGCGGGCUUCCUCUUCUUCAAUCGCAUUUCUUGCCGUCGGUCACAUUGGACAUGCGCACGACUUACCUCAACCAAAGGAUACGCGCCACCUCUCGCUCGAAUCUCAAGUCGAGGCAGCUGGAUAUGCUCAAGCAGCCCUCCUAGAAGCGUUUCCUGGCGUUUCACUCAUACUUGUAGGCCACUCGAUUGGGGGCUAUAUUGCCAUGCAGCUCGCAAGGGACAACACCCAUGUGUCACUCGUCAUUGGGAUCCAACCGACAAUCUCUCACAUGGCACAGACGCCAAACGGCAAGCUUCUGCGUCACUUCUUCAAGCCGCCAUUCCCACAGAUCCUCUCCGUCCUCGGAUACAUUCUCGUAGUGACUUUGCCAUUUCUCCUCCCGAUUCUAUACAGAACCUGGUCAAAACACUCACUCACUGUCCUCAAGAACUUCUUGACGAACCCACAGUGUACCCUAGCAGCCAUGACAAUGGCCGGAGACGAGAUGGUUCACGUCAUGGAACUGGAUGUCAAGCUACUGGCUCACUUGAGACCCAGACUCCAUAUACUCUAUUCUCACACGGAUCUAUGGGUGGGAUCGAACAGCGACGAGGUCAUCCGAGUUCUAGGCGAAGACAAUGCGUCGCGUGUCAAAUUUACCCCAGUGCCCCAUGCAUUCUGCAUAUCCCACAGCGUCGAAACAGCGCUUGCGAUUCUACCGUGGGUAAACGAGGUCACUAUGUCCUCGGACGACAAUGUUUCGUAG